AUGGAGGGUGUAAAGAGCUGGUACAACAAGCAAUAUGAAUCUUGGGUGCCAUGGAUCGAAGACAAUGUCCUAGGCUGGUGGGGUGAGAAUAAAACCAGCUAUGUCGCCAAAGACAACUUAGCCAAAACCAAGGUCACGGGCGAUAAGAACGUGGAUGCGAUCCAGGACGGCGUCAACGAAGGUGUGGGCGGUCAAUUCGGCAAAGGUGGUGUUCUUGAGGGCGUGGGCAAUUUGACGUCCAAGGAAGUCUUUACUCGCUCGGAACGAAACGGAAAGAAUGAGAAGGGCGAAUAUAUUUGA